CCUAAAGGGCCGCAGGGCUCUUACUUCACCUAAGACCUGGAGGUCCUGGCUCCCAUCCGAGGGAGGGAGGGGAAGAGAGAGGACGGCGGGCACUCAGCUCAGCCCAGCCCCGGGCAGGGAAGCGCGGGCUCCGGGGGCCGGUCGCGCGGUAGGCGCCGCAGCGGCCCGGGCGCUUGGGGGCGCGGACGGUCUGCGAGACACUGGGGGACAGCACUUAGCCUCCCUCGGCCCCUCCAGCCCGGCAAACCUCCCGCAGAGCCCUCGGCCGUCCUCCUUCCUGGUACCACGCACUACCACCCCACUCCCCCCAACUUCCUGGGACACCUUCAGCGGCCAGGUCCCUGCCCGGCGUCCCUCGGCUGGGAAGGGCUAACUUGUGGGGCCUGCGACAGAGCUUCCGUCCCUCUAGCCCCGCCCACGGCCAAGGCGUGGGAGGGACUGGCAAGGGGUGGGAUCAGAGGCGAGGCCCGGGCGGGGGCCAGGGAAAGCGCUCGGUCCAGUGACUUGCGUCGCGCUCAGAGCUUCGGAGGUGCGCGGACGCGUAGUAACAGCUGGGCUCCGGCGCUCCGAGGGCUCCUGCGGCUGAGUUCUCUCGCGCUCCAAGGUCUCCGGCGCCCGAGGGCUCCCGCGGCCCGAGGUCUCCCGCACUCCGAGAUCUCCCGAGGCCCGAGGGCUCCCGCGCCCGAGGUCUCUAGCGCUCCAAGGUCUCCAGCGCUCCAAGGUCUCCAGCGCUCCAAGGGCUCCCGCGCCCGAGGGCUCCCGCGGCCUGAGGUCUCUCGCGCUCCGAGGUCUCCAGCGCUCCGAGAUCUCCCGAGGCCCGAGGUCCCGCCCCCACCAUGCGGCUGAGAAGUCCCGGAGCACUCCUGCUGCUGCUCGGCACCCUGCAAGCGGCAGAUAAUCGCGAGCAAGAAGUCAGAGCGCUGGUGGGCAGCGACGUCGAGCUCAGCUGCGUUUUCCCCGAAAGUCACACUUUUGAUUUAGAUGACCUUUACGUGUAUUGGCAAAUCAGCGUCAUGGGCCACCCGACGACCGUGACGUACUACCUGUCCGGGAACACCUCGGCCGGCCUCGAGGACAACCGCUACAGGGACAGGGCCUGGCUCUCGCUGGAGAGCAUGAAGCGUGGCGACUUCUCCCUGCAUCUCUACAACAUCACCCCCCAAGACGAACAGAAGUUCAACUGCCUGGUGUUUAGGAAAUCCUUGCAGUUAAAAAAGAUUUUGGACGUGGUGGUGACAAUGCACGUGGCAGCAAACUACAGCGUGCCCGUGGUCAGCGCCCCAAGCGGCCCCUCCAAGGACGAGCUGCUCACGUUCACGUGCACAUCUGUGAAUGGCUAUCCGAAGCCAAACGUGUACUGGAUCAACCAGACAGACAACAGCAUGCUGCCUGAGGACUUGCAGAACAGCACGGUCUCCUUGAACGCACGGGGCUUGUACGAUGUGGUCAGCGUCCUGCGAAUCAGGCAGACCCCCAGCGUGAAUGUCGGCUGCUGCAUAGAGAAUGUCCUUCUGCACCAAAACCUGACUGGCAUCAGCCAGGCAGGUAAGGUCCCCCGGGGUCUGUGCGCUGAGGCCAACCCAAGACUGUGGGCCUCCGGUGACUCGGAGCACAGGCCCCUGCAAGAAACAGCAACCGAAUCUGGCAACACAGGCAGCCACACCGAUGACCACAGGAAGGACCACGGGACGGUGCUGAGCACCCUGGCCGUGCUGGGCGUGGUUGUGGUCGUGGCCGCGGCCACCGGCUGGGUGUGCAGAAGCAGGUGUCCCCACGGGAUCCGCACCAGGCACUGGGCUGCAAGGCCGGAGCAGGCAUUCUCUGAAUGUGUUUGACGAGAACACAUCGCCCGGAAGGUGGACAGGGCGUCUGUGAGAUGCCACCAGGAGGGACGGCGGAUGGCAGCUUGAGAAUUGACUCGGGCAGGCCUAGUGGCCAAGGGGGACCGUCUGCCCCCAUCGGCGCCAUUAACAAGGGGGCUUUGUGGACACGGAGCCUCUCUGGCCUGGAAGGGACACGCAGGACCACGCCUCACCCCAGGGAGAAUGUUCCAGGUGCUGCCCUGAUCCUAGAAUGAGGACCUUUUGAAAGAGUCGGCAGAACACACGUGCCCCUACGUGAGCGGGCGCCCCACCCCUGGCUCUUCGUGAUGGCUCCCUCCCCCACCCCACCCUGCAGCCCACGGGGUCCUUCUCAAUAUCCAAAACCCGCAGGGGUUUAGGGGAUGGGGGCUUUCUGAGACCAGAGGAGGGAGUCUCAUUGAGGAAGAAGAGAGGGUGCGGGCUCUUCCGCGACUACCCUGCUGGGUAAAGGUCACUCAAGGGUGUUUGAGGGACACGUAGGUGCAGGGCUUCCACCCCACCUGUACCCCAAGAUGUAGGGCCUGUGUGUCUGCACGUGUGUGUGUGUCCAGAAUGCAGGAAAUGGUCAACACUGCAAAACCCCUGAAAGACUCCCGGGAGUUUGUCUUCUUCUGGGAUCUUCACUGCGAAGAAAACCGACCUUGUUUGUUUUGGUCAAAAGCUGGAUUUCCCUUCUAAAAAGGCAGUGGAAUUUUUUGAGAAGAUGGUCUGCUGCUGCAGCCGCCUUGGUGGGAGCUGUGGCCUCCGGGCGCCUGCAGUGAACACGCAAAAACCCAGAAACUCGCUCAGGCAGGAUUGGGAAAGCGCGUCUCCGGUGGACAUGGGCCUUGCCAGGUGGCCAUCCGGGACUCUCAAAGUGGCGCCGUGACCUGCACGGAGGUGGCAUUCUCCCGCAGAGCAGCGGCCAGUCAAGUGUGGUGCUAAUUCCAUGCCCCCUCUGCACCUGUCACCCCUCACCCCCCAAGAACCGACAUAAGCACCAGGCUCCUCGGAGCCCGCCCCCCGCCCCGGCCCAGCAGCGGACGGCAGAGGUGUGCGGCCCACGGCUCUGAUGGUUUCCACAUUGUUGCCCCGAAUGAAUCUAGCAAUUCAUGUUUCCAGAAGAUUCUGUGAACGAGGCUGCCGAGUCACGCCGGUGUGCGCGCCCCCUGGGAAAGGCGGCCUGUGUCCUGCCUGCGGUCACUCAGCACUGAAGGACGGGCGUCAGAAGCCUGCACGCCUCAGACCCAGACGGGGACAAACACGAGGACCGGGCUGGGUGAAGCUGAGCCCCGUACUUGUUAUAAGAAAUUGUUCAUUGUCUAUUUCUGUACCCAGAACUCCUCAUGCGGCUCUGAGACGAGUGUGGCGAGACGCAUGAAGCAUCAGGGUGCGUGAAGCAUUAGAAGGCGCGUGUCCCUGCAGAGGGACAGGGUCACUGCAUCCAGAGUGGGAGCACAAGUGGCCGCUGGGGAGUGGGAAGGGGGUGCGGAGCCUGCCUGCAGCCUCGGGUGCCUUCCCGGGGUGCCGCCCCACAGCCCGCCCGCAGACCCUGCUCACUGGGUGCCCACCCCGGCGGGACCCAGCGUGGUCUGCUUCCAGCUCCCUCGGGUCUGGGAAGAUGUCCAGUGACCCGUCGCCCUUCAGCCGGAUGUCACCAUCUGCUCCUCCCGCUUUGCUUCGGAUAGGCUGGAGGCCAAUGUUCUCAUGUCUGCUUCUGGAACCUUGAUUUACCAGAAUACAAGAUGGAAGCCGUG